AUCAAGUGCAUGACGCAGCCACACACACUGGCAUUACAGCAACACUGUGCUCUCACGUAUGUUCUGUCCCUGUUGCGGGUGAGCAGUCAGACAGCAGCGGGGGUGGCACAGGGGAUCAGCAAACAUGUCAAUGAAACUGGAAGGCAACAUUCUAGUGACUGGGACAAACAGAGGCAUUGGUUUGGAGCUGGUCAAACAGCUGGCAGAGAAAACAGGAGGGGAGGCUCACAUAUAUGCCUGCUGCAGAGCACCGGAUGGUACCAGGGCUGAGGCCCUGAGAGACCUCACCACUCAAUAUCCUGGGAAGAUCACUAUUAUCAAACUAGACAUGUCAGACGAGGACAGUAUCUCGGCUGCGGUCCAGGCUGUGAAGGACCAGAUCGGGGAUGGGGGGCUGAACCUCCUCAUCAACAACGCUGCUAUCAACAAACCCCUCUCACCAGCACCGUUGUCCGCCACCGGGAAGGAGGACAUGAUGGCCGUGUACGAAACCAAUGUGGUCGGACCGUUUCUCAUUGCAAAGAUGCUUCUUACCCUCCUCCAGAGAGCAGCGGAGAUGAAGUCGCCUGGAGAGGGUGAUAAAAUGUCCUGCAGGAGGUCGGCCAUCAUCAACAUCUCUACGCUCCUCGCCUCCAUCGAGAAAUGUCCAGAAACCUUUGGUCUGGCACAGAUGUAUCCUUACAGGACCAGCAAGGCAGCCCUGAACAUGCUGACUCGCUGUCAAGCUGAGGACUUCAAGAGUCUCAACAUCCUGGUCACAGCCAUCCACCCUGGCUGGGUGCGCACCCAGAUGGGCGGAAGACAGGCUCCUUUGGACCCCCCGGACAGUGUGCUCGGCAUGCUCAGCACCAUGUCCUCACUCAGCAACAAAGACUGUGGGAUGCUUUUGGACUGGCAGGGCAACACAAUCCCCUGGUAGCUGUCACCGCGGCAACCACGCCAGGCCUAUGACCACCAUACAAACAUAAAUAAAGAAAGUCUGGCAUCUGGAAGACAAAUUAAAAGCUUUUUUUUGGCUAAAUUGUGUCUGUUGAUUUCAAGGC